AUGGCCGACACUGAACAGCAGCCCAAGCUCGUUGACGAGUCUCCCAUUUCUCCUGUAGAGCGAAGAAACUCCCUGGAAGCUCACCUCAAGCACCGCCCCGAACGCUCCGAGCUCGUAGAUAAGAAUAUCCUUCCAGCCUCUACGGCAGCGCCAGGCCUCCAGGCGCAUCAGAAAGAGCUCGAGAAGCACAUGCUCGAGGAUAAGCUUAACGACAAGAUCUCACACCGUCCAGACCCAGAGGAUCUCAUUAAGGAGGGCGUCUUGCACGACGACCCGCGUACUGUUGCCCAGGACGAAGCGGCCAAAAAGUACGAAGAGGCUAUCGAGGACGAGUAUGCCAAGCGUGAGGGUGGCGCUUGA